CCGCCGUUCAAACCUUCUUGUAUAUGGUGUCCGAGCUAACACGGACGCUAAUCUGCGCGCCACGCAUUCGUAAAGCCCUUCAGGCCAUUCGGCGUUCGCGCGCCAGGCGGCCGCCUACUUUGACCGGUGACCUACUGGCCGCUUCGAUCUGCCUAUUCCGCGACGCCGCUACGUGAUAGAACCCUAAGACCCCUGGUCGCUGACAGAGAUUAUAGUCUAUGAAGUGUUCAUGCGGGCUUCAUGGGGCGUCAUACGCCCGCUUUGACGUUGGGAGUGGUGUUGGGCGGAACAGAUGCUCAAAGGAGCUCCUUAGUCGCCGUCCGCACGUGUGGGAUGAGCAAGCGCAGUGUACGAGAGGGACAACAUAAGUACAGCGACGUCGUUCGAACAUCAUCCAGGCAUACAUAAGUCCGUAACGCUGAACAGGAUGGCGAAACGUAUUGCAGUCUGCGGUGCGACGGGAAACCAAGGUGGCUCGAUUGCCAACCUGCUGCUACAGCACCCAGACCAGUAUACAGUACGCGCGCUCACCCGAGACCCCGCGUCGGCCAAGGCGCAGGAGUUGGCGAAGCUGGGCGCGGAAGUAGUGCGCGCCGACCUGACUGCCCCGGCCGAUGUCAGCGCCGCGCUCAAAGACUGUUGGGGCGUGUUCGGUGUUACCAAUUUCUACGACCCGAAAAUCAAAGAUGACCCCGGUAGCGAAGAGAGACAGGGAAAGAACCUUGUUGAUGCAGCAUUGGCUGCGGGCGUAGAAUGUUUCGUGUGGAGCACGCUCCCGAGCUCGAGGAAGAUAUCGGGCGGGCGGCUCGUGUCUCGCAUUUACGAAGGCAAAUAUCAGGUGGACGACUACAUCCGGGAGACGGGACUUCCAGCUGUGUUUUUGUACACCGGUAACUUCUACGAGAACAUGGUCUACCGCUCGCACAUGGUGUACCAUCCUGACAAAGAUCAAGUGGAGUUCCGCCAACCUAUCGUGAAGGAAGAUACGCAAUUGGCGAUGCUAUAUGUCGAGAAGGACCUGUCUGGCAUCACCAAGGCGAUCUUCGACCAAUGGAACCCGAAGAAAGACGAGCUCAAUCACCAAUACCUCUACUGCACCAACGCUAGAAUCACGCCAUUGGACAUCACCGCGAGUGUCAAGAAGAUCACCGGCAAGGAAUGCGUGUACACGGUGCUACCAACUACGCACGUCCCCGACCGCGACGUCAUGUUCCAGCUCUACAACGAGUUGGGCAUGUACGGGACGAAGGAGAUACCCGACGAGAACGUCCUGAAGCUGGGCGUGAAAUUACAUGACAUUGAUGACUUCGUGAGGAGCAGGCUGGCACCGCACCUGGGCUUGCCUGUAAUAGCCUGAGCGACGUGAAGCAGCGGUAUGCAUUACUACAUAGUAGCCGUAACAUAUGCAUGCCGAAUAUGCAGGGCUGAUAAUAUGCGCAAUACCUCUCGGAUAUUUGGAUUAUUACGCGAUCACGUGCACAUGUGGCUGCCAGCACAUUGCUCGCGCGACCUGUCAACCGCGUCCUCGAACACAACUACGUCCC